UCCCCUCUCUUAAAUACUGAAGGAGGCAAAAAAGAGAGGGAAAUUCAAACAGCUGUCAAAACAGUACAGAGCAGAGCCGAGAAGAUAAAGAAAGGAGGGAAACUUCAACUACAACUACUACAAGGAAGCAGAAAGACUGAAGAGCACCUGACAAAGUAGUAGUCAACAUUGUGUGUAGCUGGAAGACUUUUUGUUUGUUUUUUUUCUUUUGAUUAUCUAUAUGUUAAGUAAAAAGAUUAACCUAGAUAUGCAUCUAAAAUAAGAAAAGGUAGAAAAGACAAGUCACCAAGAAAAGUUAAAAAAAGACAGAAAGAAGGAUGGAGCUUAGAGAACACAGACGAGUCUGCUUCACGCCACGGCAGCUUCUCUACCAAAAGAUUGUGAAGCCAAGGCUGGAGCAAAGACGCCGUGCUCGGAUCAACCUUUACUUAGAAGAAUUAAAACAGUUAAUUGAGGAGCAGCCUGGAGAGCGUCCUCAUACACGCUUAGACAAGGCAGACAUCCUGGAGCGGACGGUGCGCUACAUUCAGAAACACCGGAUGGAUGCAAGUCCCUGCCUUGUCCACGACUCCGACUUCAAAGCCGGGUUUCAGAACUGCCUUUUGCUUGCACAUCAGUUUCUGUGUGAGCAGGCUCACGUCCAGUCUAAGGCGAGUGUCAAGUCUAUCGAUGCAGAAAGAUCGCGUCCCAAAGCUGUGCAACCAGGCCUCCCUUUGACAAGAAACAGUUGGAGUUCUCUUUCAGGGAAUUCAACAAUUCCAGUAUGCAAUGUAACAAUCCAGCAACAAGCACCACCACAAAAUAUAGUCUGCUUGGGCAACAUAAGCAGGGCAGUUCCCAGUACCUCAGAAGCCUGCUGGAGGCCAUGGAAGUGUGGGACAUGAGCAGACUAUAAAUGUAGCUACUUGAAUUGGACUCACUGUACAAGAGGGGGUGUGCUUUGGGCAAAAAGCCUAUUUGUAUAAACGAUGUAAAUAAAAAAAAAUAUUAUUUGUGAUUCUCUGUGGUCUGUGUCUGAACUUGCAAUGAAAAGAGAGAGAGAGUGAGAAAGAGAGAGAAUGUACUAGAUUGGGGAUAAAGGGGAAAAUAUAGCAAGUGUAAUAAAUUUGUCACAGAGGGGGAGAUUUAUGCAGGGAAUAAAGGAAAAAAGAAGCUACCAUUAAUUUCUUGCAGUGGGGGGAGCUGGGAGGUUGUCAGGGGAUCAGAUCUCUGAUUGGUGAGCUGAAGAA